GGAGACCUCAGGUGGCGCGCUCGCUCCCGGCCGCCGGGAAAAAAGCAGCCCCCAGUCCUCGGCCCCCGCGCAAGCGACGCCGGGAAAUGCCCACAUCCGGGAAACCUGCCGCGGAGCGCAGCAGCGGCGACACGGAGUGGAAGGCAAAAUGGCGGCGGCGGCGGUGUCCUGGUGCUAAGGGGGAACCCAGGUCCCCGCGACCCCCGCGACGGGCCGCCCUGGCCCACGUCAGCCCCUUAGCGCCUCUCCCUGCUCCGCCUGGGAUACGUGGGGGUCUCUGGGACGGGCCCAGGCCGCCUCGGCGCCCCUUCUCGGGCCCGUGACCGCAGUCCAGGAGCCCCGCUCUCCCCUGCAGGGUUAAUUAGAUUGUGAAGGAUUUUAACAUUCCUGGCACCUUUCCUGAGGAUCAUUUUCACUUUUGGGCAAGAGAAAGAUUUGAAUCUACCAAGUAUCUCUUAAAGAAUCCCUUUGUGUGAGUUAUCUAUAUAGAUGUUUUCAUGAAGAGGAGUGAAAAGCCAGAAGGAUAUAGGCACAUGAGGCCUAAGACCUUUCCUACCAGUAGUUAUAUUGGCAACAGUCGGCAAAUGUUGCAAGAAAUUCGGGAAUCCCUUCGGAAUUUAUCCAAGCCAUCUGAUGCUGCUAAGGCUGAGCAUAACAUGAGUAAAAUGUCAGCGGAAGAUCCUCGACAAGUCAGAAAUCCACCUAAAUUUGGGACACAUCAUAAAGCCUUGCAGGAAAUUCGAAACUCUCUGCUACCAUUUGCUAAUGAAACAAGUUCUUCCUCCCGGAGUACGUCAGAAGUUAAUCCACAAAUGUUCCAUGAUUUGCAAGCUGCUGGAUUUGAUGAGGAUAUGGUUAUACAAGCUCUUCAGAAAACUAAUAACAGAAGCAUAGAAGCAGCAAUUGAACUCAUUAGUAAAAUGAGUUGUCAAGAUCCUCGACGGGAGCAGAUGGCUGCAGCCGCUGCCAGACCUAUUAAUCCCAACAUGAAGCCAGGGCUUGUACAACAAUCGAUUAACCGUAAGCAAAGCUGGAAAGGUUCUAAAGAAUCCUUAGUUCCUCAGAGACAUGGCCCCCCUCUAGGAGAAAGUGUAGCAUAUUGUUCUGAAAGUCCCAGCUUGCAGACAGAUGUAGGAAGACCACUGUCGGGAUCCGGUAUAGCAGCGUUUGCUCCAGCUCACCCUAGCAAUGGACAGAGAGUGAAUCCCCCGCCACCACCUCAAGUAAGGAGUGUCACUCCUCCACCGCCUCCAAGAGGCCAGACUCCCCCUCCAAGAGGUACAACUCCACCUCCCCUGUCAUGGGAACCAAAUUCUCAGACAAAGCGCUAUUCUGGCAACAUGGAAUAUGGAAUCUCUCGAAUCUCUCCUGUUCCACCUGGGGCAUGGCAGGAGGGCUAUCCUCCACCACCUCUUAACACUUCCCCAAUGAAUCCACCUAAUCAGGGACAGAGAGGCAUGAGUUCAGUUCCUGUUGGCAGACAGCCAAUCAUCAUGCAGAGUUCUAACAAAUUUAACUUUCCACCAGGGAGGCCUGGAAUUCAGAAUGGUAGUGGUCAAACUGACUUUAUGAUACAUCAGACUGUUGUUCCUGCUAGUGCUGUGAAUCGGCAACCACCCCCUCCAUAUCCUUUGACCUCAACUAAUGGACAGAGCCCUUCGGCUUUACAAACAGGGGUAUCCAGUGCACCUUCCUCAUAUACAAAUGGAAAUGUCCCUCAGUCUAUGAUGGUGCCAAACCGAAAUAGUCAUAACAUGGAACUUUAUAACAUUAAUGUACCUGGACUACAGACAGCUUGGCCUCAGUCAUCUUCUGCUCCAACCCAGUCAUCCCCAGGCAGUGGACAUGAAAUCCCUACGUGGCAACCAAGCAUUCCAGUGAGAUCAAAUUCUUUUAACAAUCCAUUAGGAAAUAGAACAAGUCACUCUACUAAUUCUCAGCCUUCAGCUACAACAGUAACUGCUAUUACACCAGCUCCUAUUCAGCAGCCUGUGAAAAGCAUUCGUGUGUUGAAACCAGAGCUACAGACUGCUUUAGCACCAACACACCCUUCUUGGAUACCACAGCCAGUUCAAGCUGUUACACAUAGUCCUUUUUCUGAGGGUACCACUUCAAAUAUGACUGUUAUGUCACCUGUUGCUGAAGCUCCAAACUAUCAAGGUCCACCACCUCCUUAUCCAAAACAUCUGCUACACCAAAACCCAUCUGUUCCUCCGUAUGAAUCGAUAAAUAAAUCAGGCAAAGAAGAUCAGCCUAGCUUGCCCAAGGAUGAUGAGGGUGAAAAAAAUUAUGAAAAUGUUGAUAGUGGGGAUAAAGAAAAGAAACAGAUUACAACUUCACCUAUUACCGUUAGGAAAAACAAGAAAGAUGAGGAGCGACGGGAAUCUCGUAUUCAAAGUUACUCUCCUCAGGCGUUUAAGUUCUUUAUGGAGCAGCACGUGGAAAAUGUCCUCAAAUCUCACCAGCAGCGUCUACAUCGUAAAAAACAGUUAGAGAAUGAAAUGAUGAGGGUUGGAUUAUCUCAAGAUGCCCAGGAUCAAAUGAGAAAGAUGCUUUGCCAAAAAGAGUCUAAUUACAUCCGUCUUAAAAGGGCUAAAAUGGACAAGUCUAUGUUUGUGAAGAUAAAGACACUAGGAAUAGGAGCCUUUGGUGAAGUCUGUCUAGCAAGAAAAGUAGAUACUAAGGCUUUAUAUGCAACAAAAACUCUUCGAAAGAAAGAUGUCCUGCUUCGAAAUCAAGUUGCUCAUGUUAAAGCUGAGAGAGAUAUCCUGGCUGAAGCAGACAAUGAAUGGGUAGUUCGUCUGUAUUAUUCAUUCCAAGAUAAGGACAAUUUAUACUUUGUAAUGGACUACAUUCCUGGGGGUGAUAUGAUGAGUCUCUUAAUUAGAUUGGGCAUCUUUCCAGAAAAUCUGGCACGAUUCUACAUAGCAGAACUUACCUGUGCAGUUGAAAGUGUUCAUAAAAUGGGUUUUAUUCAUAGAGAUAUUAAACCAGAUAACAUUUUGAUUGAUCGUGAUGGUCAUAUUAAAUUGACUGACUUCGGCCUCUGCACUGGCUUCAGAUGGACACAUGAUUCUAAGUACUAUCAGAGUGGUGACCAUCCACGACAAGACAGCAUGGAUUUCAGUAAUGAGUGGGGUGAUCCCUCUAACUGUCGAUGUGGGGAUAGACUGAAGCCCCUAGAGCGCAGAGCUGCACGCCAGCACCAGCGAUGCCUCGCCCAUUCUUUGGUUGGGACUCCUAACUACAUCGCACCUGAAGUGUUGCUGCGAACAGGCUAUACACAGUUAUGUGACUGGUGGAGUGUUGGUGUAAUUCUUUUUGAAAUGUUGGUUGGACAGCCUCCUUUCUUGGCACAAACACCAUUAGAAACACAAGUGAAGGUUAUCAACUGGCAAACAUCUCUUCAUAUUCCACCACAAGCUAAACUGAGUCCUGAAGCCUCAGACCUUAUUAUUAAACUUUGUCGAGGACCAGAAGACCGCUUAGGCAAGAAUGGUGCUGAUGAAAUAAAAGCUCAUUCAUUUUUCAAAACGAUUGAUUUCUCCAGUGACCUGAGACAGCAGUCUGCUUCAUACAUUCCUAAAAUCACACAUCCAACAGAUACAUCAAAUUUUGAUCCAGUUGAUCCUGAUAAAUUAUGGAGUGAUGGUGAUGAGGAGGAAAAUGUAAAUGACACUCUCAACGGCUGGUAUAAAAACGGGAGGCACCCUGAACAUGCGUUCUACGAGUUUACCUUCCGGAGGUUCUUUGAUGACAAUGGUUACCCCUACAAUUAUCCAAAGCCUAUUGAAUAUGAAUACAUUAAUGCACAAGGCUCAGAGCAUCAAUCAGAUGAAGAUGAUCACACAGGUUCAGAGAUCAAAAAUCGUGAUCUAGUGUACGUUUAACAUGCUAGGAAAUUUCGAUUUCAAGCAUGUUUCUGUAAUGAAGAUUUUCAAAGAGAAGAUUUGCAGGGUCUUUUGAGGUUAAAAAUAUGCAACUGUGACAGAGCUGUGUAUGUGUGCUCUGUGAACAGUAUUUUAUUUUCCUAAAUUAUGGGAACUCUUUUUAAAAUGUUAAUUUAUUCCCACCUUUUUAACCAGUAACUUAGGAAAAAAUUGUUAUAACGAAAGUAAAUUAUGAACGCAAUAUUAUAGUCAGUUCUUGGUACUUAAAGUACUUAAAAAAAAAUAGUGCUUUGUUUAAAAAGAAAAGCCUGGUAUCUAUUUGUACAUGUGCUAAAUAUUUUUUUUUUUAGAAUUUUUGAAAUUUUUUUAAAGACAGUUUUAGUUUUAUCUUGCUUUAACCAAAUAUGAAGUCUACCCCAUAUUUGAGUUUUUUGGUUUUUUUCCGUAACAUCAAUAUAACAUAAGCUAGAGAAAUUAAGCCAUCAUGUUGGUGCGUGUUCCUGGGCUAAUGAUAAUCUAUAAUUCGCAUCCUGGAGCUGAGAAGUCCAUGGUUGAGGCAAUGUGUGUAUGUUCAUCAGAAGGAAAAAUAACACAACUUCUCUUUUUUUCCCCUCUAUGUAAUAUUAAUCCAGGAUUUGUUUCUCAAGAAUUACUGGCUUUAAAAGAAGCUAAAGCACUGCUAGUUUUCUUUGCAUUUUGGCAUUUUUAAUAAUGCUUCCAUUUUAGAAGGAAACAAAGCUGCCAUAAGUAAAAAUUUUAGACU